UUCCUCAUCCAGUGCUUUCAAAACAAGCAGCAUUUAAAACUUUUCUCCUUUCUGUAUAAAAGAAGAAAACUCGAUCGAGCCAUUUCACAAAGAACCCAAAUCUGCAAAACUGCCAGCUAGAUCUUUCUCUCCCGGCCACCCGCCAUGAUCAAUUUCGGAGCUUUUUCUUUCAUAUUUCUUCUAAUACUUCUCAUCCCCACUACGGUAUCCGGAGAUUGUACGUGUGAUGCCGAGAGCGCAGGUAAGACAAACAAAAGCGAAGCACUCAAAUAUAAAUUAGCUUCGAUUGCGACCAUUCUCUUCGCCGGUUCUGUGGGGGUGAGCAUCCCAUUGUUGGGCAGGAGAAUCCCGACUCUAAGGCCUGAACAUGACAUAUUUUUCCUGAUCAAGGCCUUCGCGGCGGGGGUGAUUCUGGCGACUGGGUUCAUCCACAUACUUCCCGACGCAUUUGAGAGCUUGACGUCACCGUGCCUUGACGAAAAGCCUUGGAGAAUUUUUCCUUUCACCGGCCUCAUUGCCAUGGCGUCUGCUAUAGGAACUUUAAUGGUGGAUUCGUUAGCGACAGGGUUUUACACGAGGCUACACUUUAAGAGAAGUAAGCAGUUUAUGAUCACUCCGGCAGACGAAGAGCACGCGGGUCACAUACAUGUCCAUACACAUGCCACGCAUGGCCAUGCCCAUGGCUCCGCCGCCCAUCCGGAGGAGGCCGAAGAGCUGAAUAUGGCAGAGCUAAUCCGUUUUCGUGUUAUAUCACAAGUGCUGGAGAUAGGAAUUGUGGCUCAUUCAGUGAUAAUUGGAAUAUCUUUGGGUGCUUCUCAAGACACUGAUACAAUAAAGCCUCUCCUGGCAGCCCUGUCUUUCCAUCAGUUCUUUGAGGGUCUUGGGCUCGGUGGCUGCAUCUCUCAGGCGAAAUUCAAGACUACGUCUGCAGCAAUUAUGGCGACAUUUUUCUCGCUGACAACCCCCGUGGGAAUAGCAAUUGGGAUCGGAAUAUCAAGCGUUUACAAUGAGAAUAGCCCAACUGCUUUGAUUGUUCAAGGGGUUUUUGACGCCGCUUCGGCUGGGAUUUUAAUUUACAUGGCGCUUGUUGACCUACUUGCAGCAGAUUUCAUGAACCCAAGACUACAAACCAAUUUCAAAAUUCAACUUGGUGCAAAUAUCUCACUUCUUCUUGGGGCUGCUUGUAUGUCUGUCCUCGCCAAAUGGGCUUGAAUUUUGUAUAUGCCGAAACGGAAAGCAAACAUGACAGCUCAUCAUCUGGCACAUGGGGCGAUUCUGCAGUUAUUUGAGGAAGAUUAUCCUGUUAUUAUUUAUAAUAAACAUUUUUAGUAGUCCCAUUAAAUUUGCUUUUUAAUUAUUUUGGUGAGCUAAUUUGAUGAAAUUGUUUAAAAUGAUUAUCAGUCUUAUCAAAUUGGCUUGAAUUUUGUAUGUGCGGAAAGCAAAUAUGACAACUCAUCAUCUAGCGCAUGC